CGUUGUCCAGGAGUUUUAUACAAUCUAACAUUAUAAUGACAGAUUAUUCAUUACCUUUUUUUUGUAAAAAAUAUGGAUAAUACUGUGCUUUAAUAGGACGGAGAAAAUUAUAAUUAUUGAGCAAAAAUAAAUCAAUUAUCAUAAAUUACGAGGUGCGUCUAACAUAUCUUAGAUGGCUAAUACUGUCAUCUAUAUUUGAUAAUAAUAAUUUCAAAACGCGUCUUUAAAGGAAAUAACUACUUUCAGUUUUUAGACCUGUUUAUAUAUGUAAAUUAUCUAAAAAAAAUUGUUAACGAUAAUAUAUUAUAUAAGUAUGAAAAAUUGAACAUCCAUAUUUAAUGUAUUACAGCGCACUCCACUGUUUCAAUUUGACAGCCAAUUAUCCAAUUUUCUCAAUAAAAAGCUGUUCAAUAUCGAUUUAACAAAUAUAUUAAAUUUCGGAUAUUGAUUGUGACCAAAUUUUAUAACAAUCCCCAAAGAAAAAUGCCGUUUAUUAAUAGAUUUCAGAAAGAUAAAAUUGCUAGAUCGAGGAAAAUUGAGGAAUCAACUUUAAAAAAUGGUUUGCGACAUUGUAUUUUUAAUACAGUACGUGAUAGAUAUGUAGGAGAAUGGAAAGCAAAUAAAAAAACAGGUAAAGGGGUUAUGUUGACAAGAAACAAAGAUUUAUACGAGGGCGAUUUCAACAAUGAUUACAGACACGGUUUCGGGGUUUUAGCUUAUCACCUUCCAAAGUAUAACGUUUUUUCUCUAACAUACCGAGGCGACUGGAAGAAUGGAAAAAUGCACGGAGAAGGACUUAGAGUGUAUCCAGGUAUUGGAUUUUACAUAGGAAAUUUUAAAAAAAGCAAAAGAAGCGGUUAUGGACAAAUGUGGUACGACUGUGGAGCUUUUUAUGAUGGGGAUUGGGUAGAUGAUCUUAGGGAAGGUUUGGGAUUGUAUGUCAGAGAAGACGGUAAUAGAUAUGAAGGAUCAUGGUAUAAAGAUUUAAAACACGGUACAGGAAGGUUUUAUUUUCUAAAUACGGGGCAAAUACAGAUAGGAGUUUGGGAAAAGGAUUUUUGUGUAUUCAGUACUAUGCUGAAUUUACCAUACAGGCAAACUGCUAAGUUACCAACCGUAUAUCCAUUACUGAACAAUACUUUGAUUCAUAUGGACAAGAUUAUUGCCGUUGAAGAAGUGAGAGCUUUAUCAGGAAGAAAAGAAAUUUGUCUAGAAAGUGAGAUUAGCCUACCGUCAUUCGUUUCAACAUAAAAUAAACGCGGUUUUAAAAAAUUUCUCUUGUACUGUACUUGUUAUUUAUUUUUAAACGGUGAGCGGAUAUUUAUACACACGGUGUGUAUCUUCUUACAAAACUUCGUAACCUUUUUAUAUAAUUUCAUUACCUUUAUAUAGUCUUUAUAUAACUAGGAAUCACCAUAAGUUACAGAAAAUGUUUAUUGGGUACUUACUUGAUUUAACUAACACUAAUAUAUUCACUAACACUUA